UUUCUAAAUAGAUUACGAAUUGUCAUUGUCUAUGUAUCUGUCUAGCAGAGUUGUCAGACUGUACAAUACUUUGUAAAAUAAGAAAUGUCUUUCACGGAUCUUCCCAAUAUCGAUGAAAUCAUUGAUAUUAAUUCCAUUUGCCCGGUAUGUACGGGAAAAAAAUGUAAAUGUAGAAUGGCCAUUUCGGUUAAAGAGAGGGCCCGGCAAGUUGAACAUAUGCUAGACAACAGGUUAAAGAACUGGAACGUCUGGUUGGAAAGAAGAAAAAAGAUACACGAAAAGCUUUGCAAAAAUUUAAAUAGACAACCGGGCGACCUUCUUAUGAAUAGUUUUGAAGAACUGCGUCAAACGAACGAAAUUCGGUUAAGAGAAUAUUACGAAAAAAGAUACACGGAACCUGAUCCACAAAGGGGUUGUCCCGGAUUCUGGAAAAUGCCCCAUUAUCUAAAACCGCUUCCAGGUCAACGGGGUCCUACUCACUUUGCUGUGAUGACACCGUUAGAAAAAUGCGAGCUACCUUCCGUCGAUUAUGUCCGAAUACCUACAGAAGUACAGAAAAAGAAAGAUGUUUUACCUAGAUCGAGAUUUACCAUAGCAAGGGAUUUGUUGGACAGACAGAGACCCGAAUUAGACAAUUUAAUAGUUUCUUCGGUGCCCAUUUGGCAUGAUAUUUUCAAACAGGAAACAGUCAAGGAAGUAACUGUAACUGAAACAAUAACGGAAUCGGUACAAUCUCCGGUUCAACCCGAAUCUCCGGAAGUUGAACCGCAACCAACACGUGAACGAUUUCAUAUAAAAAUUAACGGUUUGGAUAUAUCUCCCAGCUCAAACGUUAUGGGUACCAGAAAGGUUUAUUUAUUGUUUGAUUAUGACCUUUCCAAGAAAGAAAUGAUGACUCAGUAUCUUCAUAUGGAGAAUUUGGGAUGCGUAGUUGUAAGAUAUUAUUGGAUACCGAAUCCUAAAUAUGAAAUGUUUGCUGACAUAGUUCCCGAUAAACCUGUAAAGUCGUUGUUCUUUUUUAACAAGAACGAACAGAUUUUAAUGCCCGAAGCUACUUAUGAUUUUCCUGUGUCGUUUAAGACGCACGAUGAAGGAAUAUACCUCGAACAAUGGCAGUUACGUUUUAAACCUGCCACCGUUUCCGAUAGUUUGAAGUUGGUAAUUGUGAUGCACGCAUCAGCGUUUCGUGGGGACGAAAAAGACAAAAAAGAAAAGAUUGAAAAGCAUAUUGCGAACAAUGUUAGAAGUCGUUUAAUUGAAGAGUGUUUGGAAUAUGUAUUUCCGAAACGUAGGAGAAAAACGAGUCGUGCUCAGGUUUACACGUACAACAAGAAGGAAAUAUUUGAAGCCAUUAAUACAGAAUUUUCGCCUUGUGAUAAGCGCGUAAGGUAUUUAUACAACAAGGAAGUUGUAGAACAGUUGGAGGACCUUUACUACAUCUUGAGAAGAUCGUCAGAUCCACUGUAUUGGAAUUUAUCGUUAACGAAAUUGAUGAAACUGGCAAAAUAUCAUGAUAUAAAAUGCGAGGCUCUCGAACGAAAGAAAAUAUUUACAGCCUAUGACGAAUAUGUGGAAAUGGGGAUGAAAGUAGAGGAGGAAAAGGCGGGAAAGUUUCAAGAUCAACUGGAAGCGAAUAGGAAGAAGAUUUUGCAAAAAUAUACGACGAGUGAAGAACUUGAAAUGCUAUUUCCUCCUCAGUCUGAAGAACAAAUCAAAAUAGCAGAAGAACAUCCUCAUGUUGUAUUGAUAGGCACUGAACCUGAAAAUGACGAAGAAGAAACAGCAAAAGAUAUUCCGUCACUUAUCAAAAUACUAGAACAAAGUACCGAGAUGAAUAAAUACACCAAGUAUUUUAAUUGGUUAGUGGAAAAAUUAGAAAGACAAGUAACUAUAACCAAUGAGGAUCUGGUGACAUUUCGACGAGUUUAUGCAAUACUUUGUACAUAUUUCGAUAUAAUCGAACAAAAAGUUGAACAGCUCAAAUCGAUAGUUCACGUAGAUCCUAAAAGACAUUUCGUCACGCAUUCGUCUAGAGAAGAGAAUAAUCUUCAACGAGCAGCCGGAUUAUCCUUGGUCCAAUCGUUUUUUAAAAUGCCAGAAUGGCAUGUGGAAAAUACGAUCCAUGUACCUAGAGAACCACCUCCGCCUUCGUACAAAACUGACAAACCUCCACCUGAAAACCUAAAAGACAUCCCUUUAGAGGAGUGCAAAAAGCGGUACAAAACUUAUUACAAUCUUCCCAUGACUCCACCUCCAGGUGGCAAAGGAAAAGGAGGAAAGGGCGAUAAGAAGAAAGGAAAGGAUAAAAGCGAUAAAGGGAGUGCCAAGACUGACAAGGGGUCCAAAAAGGGAGGCGCUGCCAAAGAACCAAAAGAAGUCGAUGAUGGUUAUAAGGUGAAUGAAAAUUUUGAUCCCUUCGCGGAAGAAUUACCAACGGAAAUUCCUUUAGAGAAAAAUGUUCAAUCGACUGAAUCGACGGAUAACAGCAGCACGGGGAAGGCAUUGUCGAGUAGGUCUUCAAUUUUACGUAAAAACAUCAUCACAGCUUAUGACCAUAAUGUAUACGUGAUUUUUUACGUUUAUAUUUGUCGAGCAAUUGAUGAGAUCGUCGAUGUGCUUUCAAUUUUUGAAAGAAACGUAUUUCCAUUGCCCACUGUUAAUGAAAUUUAUCAGUCGAGACAUUUCGUCCACAAGAAACUGAUCAAUGUUAAAAGACUUGUAACUGGCAGUAAACCUUUGAAGGUGAAGGUCCAGGUGCCCCAGAAAAAACACUGGUUUACAAAGGAAAUGGAAGAAAGCAUCGCCAGAGUGCAAUCUAAGAGCUCCUUAUGGAGUCUGCUUUAUCCCCAAGAACAAUUACAGCAACGUGAGCCUCGGGAAGCCAAGAAGCCUAUAAGUUACCCCGAAACUAUUAAAGCGGUUGGUCAGUGGCAGACUCCUGUAGAGGCAAAAUCAACCUCUACAGUUGAAGGAGGCGUUUUGGAUGUUAACUUUGAAUAUUUCAAAGACAAAAGCGUCCAGAAGUUCUACAGACGCGCCGACGAAAAGGAUGACUUAGAGGAAUAUAUUGAAAAAGUUCAGUACGUGUCAUCCGCCCAAAAUUUGCAUUACGAAUGUGUAACAGAGGAAAGUGAUACUAUCGGCACUGCUACUGAGACCUUUCUAACAAGUACAACCAGCACUACCGAGAAGACUGGCACCGCCGAUACAAAAGACAAAAAAAGCAGUGGAACAGGAUCCUUGAAGCCCGAUUUGUGUGGAGAAGAUGGAAAUGAAUGUACGAAUCCUGAUUGUAAAUGCAAAUUAUAAAAAUCCUUACUAUCGUUUAGAAUUUUACGACUACGAUAUUAAUUUUGUAUGAGUAUUCUAUUUUUUUUAAUUAAUUAUUAUUUACGUACGUGCCUGUUUGUAACGUUUAUUUGACGUCACUGUAAUUCUGAAGCAUAUUAUUAAUAAUCCAGAAACGCCCUCGUUUGAUGCAUUAAUUUUAGACUGGAUAACCUUAAGGGCAGAAAAAAAUAAAAGUAUACCUUUUCUAGUACUUAAUAUAAGUUAUCUAGUGAUGCAAGAACCUUUUUCAAAAAGUUGAUCUUGGUUCUUCGGGCGUUUAGUUAAAACGAAAAUUAAAUCGAUAGGGUUCGUCGCUUGAUCUACCGUUGGAGUCUCUGUUGUUUUCUUCGAAUAACUCGAAAACUAAAGCGAUUAGAAAAAAUAAUUUUCAACAAAAAUUGUCCUACUACUUAAUAGCUAUCUAGCCAAAUAACUGCCGUUUUAAUAAGUCUUAAAUUUUACCAAUUUUAACCCAUUUAACUAUCAGUAUACUGACGCUUAGUACCUACUGAUGCAAUUUUCUUAAUCGAUUAUCAUAUGUUCAAAUGUUCAAUCGACUGAAUCGACGG